AUGGAAGCUGAAGAGUGUGUUCCAGCUAAACCCAAUAAAGGAAAGUUUGCUCAUGAAUUCGUCAAAGAAGGCAUGAGAAGAAAUCUACCUGUUCCUAAAGAAAGUGACAUUGGUCUCUGCCAAAAGGAAGGAAGGGUGGAACAACUAAAUCAAGUAACAAGAAGGUUGAUAGGAGUAGACCACCUGGAGAAAAUGAGAAAAAGGUGUAAAGACUUGUCCGACUCAGAUAAACCUCCACUUUGCAAAGGGGAAGGAGAUUUAUCUCAACAGGACAGGAUAUCACCCUCCUCAAGGAAAGGGGAGGGUGCCGACAAGGUACAAGGAUGUGUAGGGGAGGUUGCCGACAAGGUACAAGGAUGUGUAGGGGAUGGUGCCGACAAGGUACAAGGAUGUGUAGGGGAUGGUGCCGACAAGGUACAAGGAUGUGUAGGGGAGGGUGCCGGCAAGGUACAAGGAUGUGUAGGGGAGGGUGCCGACAAGGUACAAGGAUGUGUAGGAGAGGGUGUCGGCAAGGUACAAGGAUGUGUAGAGGAGGGUGCAGACAAGGUACAAGGAUGUGUAAGGGAGGGUGCAGACAAGGUACAAGGAUGUGUAAAGGAGGGUGCAGACAAGGUACAAGGAUAUGUAGGGGAGGGUGCCGGCAAGGUACAAGGAUAUGUAGGGGAGGGUGCAGACAAGGUACAAGGAUGUGUAGGGGAGGGUGCCGACAAGGUACAAGGAUGUGUAGGGGAGGGUGUCGGCAAGUUACAAGGAUGUGUAGAGGAGGGUGCAGACAAGGUACAAGGAUGUGUAAGGGAGGGUGCAGACAAGGUACAAGGAUGUGUAAGGGAGGGUGCAGACAAGGUACAAGGAUAUGUAGGGGAGGGUGCCGGCAAGGUACAAGGAUAUGUAGGGGAGGGUGCAGACAAGGUACAAGGAUAUGUAGGGGAGGGUGCAGACAAGGUACAAGGAUGUGUAGGGGAGGGUGCCGGCAAGGUACAAGGAUGUGUAGGGGAGGGUGCCGGCAAGGUACAAGGAUGUGUAGGGGAGGGUGCCGGCAAGGUACAAGGAUGUGUAGGGGAGGGUGCCGACAAGGUACAAAGAUGUGUAGAGGAGGGUACCGGUAAGGUACUAGGAUGUGCGGGGUAG